AUGUCCGGGGCAGAUCCUGGUCCCAGCAGGAGUGGACUGGCGAACCUGGCCUCGCCGACAUCACAGCACAGCUACAUCGACACUGCAACACCCCAGGUCACCAAUCGGAUCAAUCUUGUCACCUAUGGUCAAUCCACCAUCAAAGCGCUCAUCGACCCCAGUCUACCCGUGCAGGAUGUCAUUCGACAACUAUGUGCCAAUGCUCAUCUCGGCGUACAAGAACCACCCGCCCUGUUUGCUCUCAGAGACGACGACAAUGACGAGCUUGUCGACGAUGCCAACAUGGCCAAAAAGAUUGAAGUCGGCGCCAAUUUCAAGCUGUGCUCAUCUCCAACAAUCGAGGCGGUCGAGAUGGUCGACAAGCUCGGCUCUCACGACGACAGAACGCUCAAGAUGGCGACUUACACGCUCCAGAGGCUCAUCCGUGAGACACCUUUCACGGACGAGUUCAUCACGCGCGGAGGCGUCAAAGAGCUCCUGAACGUCAUCCGCGGCCAUUCGUCCGGCAACACCCUAGCGUACGCACUCACCAGCUGUCAGAACCUCAUGGAAGGCUUCGAGUAUGGAUGGGAGAUUAUCGACGCCGCGUUCGUAGCAAAGGUCGUGUCUCUGCUAGUUAGUCAAGAGCGCAUCAAUGUUUGCCGACCUGCCACCGCGAUCCUGAAAAAGCUCGUCGUCUCCGGUCCGCAAGAUUCGCCAAAGACAGGCAGAGUCGUCACUGACGGUCACGGGGCUGCCACCACAUCGGCACCGGCAGUGUAUCGCUACGGCUUCGAAUUCGUCUACAACGAAUUUCAGCGCGAGCGCCUCUUCCUUCAGACGCUCGUCAAUCGCAUCGGAAGCUCGGACACCACGCUCAAACUCUACAGCCUCAGUCUCAUUAACAGCCUGUUGCGCAAUGUUUCGGACGACCUGUUUGAAAGCUUCACCUCGGAGCUCGAAAAGCUCAAUGCGUCCAAAGCUGUGGCGUGGCUCAUGGACUCGAGCCGAGGAGACGAGCUCAACUCGUCCAUACUCGAGUACCAGAGCAACGUCGUCAGAGCAGCUCAUCGCCGCAUGCGCACCGUCGUGACCCCCACCGACAAGCGUCACGUCCAUGCCCUGUCGUACAUCUGGCUUCAAGCCAGGAUCAGCGACGUCGUUGUUGCCAAUCCAGCCGCGCACCAGAACGAGGCUUUCAGCGGCGAGCACAGACAAUCGAUUGGAGCAACGACCAGAUACAAAUGGCGGCGCAUCGGUUUCGCCUCCGAAUCGGCCGCGAAGCAGUUUGGCCGCACCGGUUGGCUCGGCCUUUCUUGUCUCGAGGCGUUUGUUCGUUCCGAUCCAGAUGCAUACGCCAAGAUGAUUCAAGAGCAGCUUAACCGUCCCGAAGAGCGACGUUGCAUGUUUGCGCAGGCCUCGAUCGAGGUGACUUCCAUCCUUGCUGACCAUUGGAACAUUGAAUCGGGGUCGUUCACCAACUCAACAACAUAUCUGCCUUUCUUGCUCUCGUUCGACAAAGUCCACCAUCUGGUUCUGCGCUUCUUUUUGCGCAUGUGGAAUGAGUCUGGUGCGGCUGCAACCGACUUCCCACGCGUAUCGGCGCUGGUGCGAAGCCAAGUCAGUGAGGUGUUGGGCAAGCAGGAGGAGACGAGCCGAACCUGGCUCGAACUCGAAAGCGCCUUUCUGCACUCCGAAUAUCGCACUGUGCGCGAUAGGCAGAUGAAGGAGCUCGAGGUGGACCAAGACUACAACUCGAAAGCAUCCAUCCGCAAUCUGCGCGGCAGGAUCUAUCGCGAGAGCUACGAAUUUGUGCGACAACAGCGCAUCCAUUGCUUGCUCGAAGGUGCGUGGUUUCGCAACGUGUCCGGUUCCUCUGGCGGUGUUCUUGCGAGCGGAGGCAGGCAGCGGAGAGAAUCGACAAGCACCGUCGAUACAGCUGUGCCUGCGGCUGUGGGUCGCGAUGCAGCUGGCAAAGGUGCUUCUGCAGUAUACAAGCCAUGGCGAUUCUACCGGCUGGCGCCGAACAAGAAGUUGCUUUACUACUGCGACUCGUCGGAGCGCUUCCCGAUUCGAGGCGGAUUGGAUGAUCUGCCGGAACGGAUCGACCUAAGCCUGGUCACCGAGCUUUCGCACCACAGCAGCGCUGGCGAGACCGGCGGAAAGUCGCAUGGAAGCGAUCUGGUCAUCAGCUUGCUGCAGUCGCCCGACAAAAGCCUAGCCGAGAUGCAAGCGCUCAAUCCAAGCCAAUUCUCGGAGUGGACCGACGGACUGAACAUGCUGCGUGGCGAAGACGGCGUGGUCAGCACGCGCGAGACGGCCAAUCUGAUCGAGACGCUGACCGAGAUCGGUAUCAAGGUCAAGCUGCUCGACUUGACAGGCGAACAGAUCGAGCUGCCCACUAGCGUUCAGCCGCCGCCGCUGCCAUCGACCACCGAUUUCUUCUUUGCCGAGUUGUAG